ACUGCAUCUUACUGGUAAAGUCCGUCGAGGUUGCAUCAAUUUGGCCUCAUAUAAUUACCUUGGUUUUGGCGGUAGAGACGAGUACUGUACGCCUAAGGUCAUUGAGACCAUCAAGGAAUACGGCUUCGCCUCUGGUGUGGCUAGCCGGGCCGAAGCUGGUGGGAGCAACAGUCUCCAUGUCAAGCUGGAGGCGAUGGUUGCCGACUAUCUCGGCAAGGAGGACGCAGUGGUCAUGGGAAUGGGCUUUGCUACCAACAGUAAGUUGAAUAUGGAGUACUGCUUUUUUAAGACAUUAUUCGUGUCGGACUCUUUGAAUCAUAAGUCUAUCGUGGAAGGCGUGAAGCAGAGUACUGCUAAGGUCAUUGGCUUCAAGCAUAAUGAUAUGCGUGAUUUGGAGAACGUUCUCGAUAGGGAAACUCGAUCUGGCAAAUGGGCUAAGAUUAUCAUCCUCACAGAGGGCGUGUACUCUAUGGAAGGAGAGUUCUGCAGACUCAGAGAGAUUGUUACGCUGAAGUACCGUUAUCACUGUUAUCUGUGGCUAGAUGAGGCUCACUCUAUCGGAGCUGUUGGCCCUACUGGUCGUGGUGUGACGGAGCUCCUCGGCGUUGAUACCAAGCAUGUUGAUAUGAUGAUGGGAACCUUCACGAAGUCCUUUGGUUCGAACGGUGGUUAUGUCGCGGGUGAUAAAACUCUAAUAGAUUACCUGCGUGCUACUUCCACCGGCUAUCUUCAUGCCUCGGCUAUGACACCAAUGGUUACAUCACAGAUCAUCGCAGCUUUCGAGGUCAUGAGGACCCCUAGGGGCGAGGAGAAGAUUCAUGCUAUUCGUGAGAACUCUAACUACCUCCGUAGUGAAUUACGGAAGUUGAAGCUCACUGUCAUUGGCGACAUCGACUCUCCGGUUAUCUGUGUCCUCUUGUGCGUGCCAGAGACUGUCCCCACUUUCUUCCGAGCAGCACUGAAGCGUAACCUAGCCUGCGUUGUGGUUGGAUAUCCAGCUGUCCCUGUGCUCCUCUCGCGAGCUCGUUUCUGUGUGAGCGCCAGCCACACGCGUGAGCAGAUUGACUACACUAUAUCGAUGAUGAAGGAGGUGGCCAAGGAGACUGGUAUUUGCUAUAAUAACUCGGUACCGGAAGAAGAGGCCAUUUCGUAUCGUCAUUGGUUGUCCCAUGCUCCUUUGGAGACUGUAGAGUUGCCGCAUUUGUCUGAUUAUUGGAAACCCGACGAGUUGGUCCCCAAUUGCAAGUUUGAAGUCCCGCAUAACGGGCUUAUAUUCUCAUCCGAGGACACGAGUACGGUCUCGAGUACUCCAGUUGAAGGAUCCGACCGGGAUGUGCCCCUCCAAGAGUUUGCCGUAUUCGAUCCUCUAUCACUCCUGCAUGAUCCUGCUAAGGCUGUCAGUGAGCCUGCUUUGGAAGUGAUCGAGGAGCGAGGAGUGGGGGCAUGCGGGCCUCGAGGCUUCUACGGCACUACUUUGGAGCACCUCGAACUGGAGAAAACUAUCAAGGAUUUCCUAGGAACCGAGGCGGCGAUUCUAUAUAGUCAUCAUGCUCUCACCGCAUCCAGUGCGGCUCAAGCGUUCAUCAAGAAGAACGACUUUGUCAUAAUUCACAAAUACGCUACUUAUGGUAUCCGCACUGGGGUUAAAUUGUCGAGAUGCCAGAAUGUCACUUGGUGGUCUGGUGACGUCGAUGAGCUCUUCGACCUUGUCGAGAGUAAAAUGCGUGAAGUGAAGUUAUCGAGUCACGUCUCCCGUGUGUGGGUCGUCAUGGAUGCCCAAUUCGGUAUCGAUCUCAGAAAGGUCAUUGAUAUCAAAGACAACUUUGGUGCUUAUCUUCUUCUUGAUGAUACUUAUGGGAUCGGCACCGUCGGUGCUACUGGUCGUGGCUACUGUGAAUAUUAUGGAGUCCGUUGUUCUGCUGUGGACAUCUUGGUCGGCUCAUUAGAGCAGACCUUUGCAUCUCAAGGAGGGUUCUGUGUUGGGAAGCAAACUAUGAUCGACCACCAAACACUAUACGGCAGUGGUUACUGCUUCAGUGCUAGUUCUCCUCCUGGCUCGUGUAAGGUGGCCACGGAAGCCAUGAAGCGAGUUGAGGGCAGCGAGCGGUUGGCUCGUGUCCAGGCCAAUACGCGUAGACUGCGGAGAGACUUGGAGGACAUCGGUGCUGAUAUCAUUACAGAUGCUCAGUCUUUCGCUCAAGUAGUGAGAGUGGCUGACGCACAGAGGGUUGCUCUUGCUAUGCAAGAGCGAGGCUUUGUAGUGCAGCCGUUAUUGACCUCCCCUCUUGAAAAUGAUGGUUUGGCCUCUGAGAAAAACACUCUUGUGAGGAUCUGCGUUGGGA